AUGGGGAGGAGGUUCAAGCUCCCUUCAAUUUUCAAAUGCACUAGGAAAGCAAAAUCAUCAUGGAAAUGGUCUCCUUUCAAGCACCUCAAAUACAUAUCGUUCCGAGCCAAAGAAACCAAGUUUAAGAGACCCAACUCUGCUCUAUCCAACGCUGUCAAGGUUGCAGAAGCGCUGGAUUCACCGCAUGCACGGUCACAGUACUCGAAGUACUCUUUCUCAGCAGAGCUCGAGGAAUAUGGUGGCGAAUUAAUGGUGGAGAUGGCAGUCAAGGCAUUGACAUCAAAGAGGUUGUCUUUUGAGCCAGCUGGGGACACGAGCUUGAUGACAGGGGCAAUAAUUAGCAGGUUCCAUUUCCAGGACUGUGUGGUGCAUGCAAUAGAAUCCACCAAUCCAUAUACUGAUUUCAGAAACUCUAUGGAGGAAAUGAUUGAGGAUUAUGGAAAAAAGGAUUUGGACUAUGCAGAGGACCUGUUGGCUUGGUACUUGAGGAUGAAUAGAAAGAACAACCACGGAUUUAUAGUCGAGGCCUUCAUUGAUAUGUUUGCUGGUUUUGCUUCUAAUUCUACUACUUCAUCUUCUUAUCAUGCUUCGAGUUCAUCUUCCAAGUCUAAAGACUGGUGGGAGAUUGAGGUUGAAAGCAUUCUUUCAUGUGCAAAGAACGGAAAUAUCCAAAAUCUUAUUGAGUAA